UGCUGGAGCUGGGUGCUGGAUGCUCAAGCUCGCCUCUGAGCAUGUGCUGUUACUGCUGCAGUAAAGUAAAAUGUGUCAGUUACCAGUGGAGAGAGGUUAGCCGGGGGAAAUGCGGACUGAGAGGGGACCGGCACGACGAUUUUCCUGUUAUGUAGCUUCUCCGUCCACACAUUACAAUGCAUUUCCAAAGGCCUGAUCCCAGCCGCUCUACACCCGAAGAGUAAACACACGGUAGUCCUGCCAUGAUCCAGAAUAUUUCUUGGGAGUAUUCCGAAGAGCUAUUGGCAUUACUCAAACCUAAAGUCAGGGUCCUCCCCACUGUUUGGAACAGAGUGACCGGGAUGGUCACCAUGGCAACAGCGAUGACCCCCGAGCCUCUGACGGCCCUGUCGCGGUGGUACCUGUACGCCAUCCACGGCUACUUCUGCGAAGUGAUGUUCACGGCAGCUUGGGAGUUCGUAGUCAACUGUAACUGGAAGUUUCCUGGUGUGACCAGCGUGUGGGCACUAUUCAUCUAUGGCACAUGCAUCCUCAUCGUAGAGCGCAUGUACCUGUGCCUGCGGGGCCGUUGUAACGUACUGCUGCGCUGCAUCAUCUACACACUGUGGACCUAUCUAUGGGAGUUUGGCACAGGUCUGCUGCUGCGGCAGUUCAAUGCCUGUCCUUGGGACUACUCUGAGUUUAAGUACAACUUCAUGGGGCUGAUCACAGCGGAGUAUGCCGUGCCUUGGUUCUGCGCAUCCUUCAUCGUGGAGCGCCUGGUCAUCCGCAACACACUACGGUUACGUUUUGAUGAGGGGGCGGAGCCUGGCCGGACUGGAGGACAGCCUGAUGGUGGUGGAAGAGGUGGAAGAGGUGGAGGUAGGAGAGGAAGAGGAGCCAGAGGAUUGGCCACCAACGCCAAUGGCUACGUGAAGGUGGACUGAAUUAAGGGUGCAAUCAUUCCCUUUUCCAUCUGAAAGGUGUAUUUUCCCAGAAUCUAUCCCUAUUACCCCCAGAUGUUUCCACACAUCUGUCCAGCUCUCUCCUACAUCAUUCCCUGGGAGUAAGGCCUUUGGACACGUUGUGGAUCCAUAGAAGAACCAGUUGGACAAAAAACAAACCCAAGAAGAGGUGUGUGGUUUUAUUGUCAAUCUAACGGUCUUUCUCUGUUCACACAGAGAAGUAUGCAGUCACUCCGCUAUUGUGCAACUCCCCAUGCCCCUCAUCUCCGAGCAGCUGUUUAGACCAGGGAUGAUACAUGAGAUGAGCAUGCUAGGGCAAGUUGAGAUUUUAUCCUCCUCCCAUCACUGCACAAUACUUCCCAGACCAGUCCAUCCACGUCAGACUUGGGGGAGAGAAAGAAAACAACAACGCCACAAGAACAUAUGUUCCACUAAGAAAAUGCUGUCUUAAAAUAUGAAGAAAAGGAACACCUUUGCGGAAAAUAUCAAAUGUUAUUUAAAGGAUUUUUAGCAUAUUAAUAAAGUCAACAGUGUAUAGUAGCAAAAACAAAUAACUGAGUAGGAAAACUUACCUUUAAGUUUUUUUUGUUAAUAUUUAUCUGAAGAUAGCUGAGUAAGUUAAGUAUAAUCUAGGCUUAUAGAAUAUUGUAUACUGUGCCCGAAAGCAAUGCAUUGUACUUGAAUCUAUUGUUUUUAUACCGAACGAGAAAACCCCCCGUGCUUGAACAUGCAUGAAGAGCGUCUUCCAGAUUUUUUCAUACAGAGUCAAAUCUGAAAUGUAUUCUGUAAAAAAGAAUUGUGUAUUUUUAUUUAACCAUAUGGACUAACACACAGAGGAAUACUGUAUUGUUUUCACUUGUACUGUAGUAAUGAUGCCUGCUGCUGAUUGUUUGUCAGUAUGGAAUUAUGGGAUAGAUCAAAAUAUCCUGUGAAUACACUGGAGAGAGUGUUUUAGAGGGGUGUGAAAAUCGUGAUCUGGUGCUACGUUCUCACUUCGGCCGCACAAAAUAUCUCUGUAUGGAUUUAAAAGGGUCCAGACUUGGUACAUCAUAGGCCCCCAAAGUAAAAGAACUGAUACUUAGAAAAAUGGCUUGGCCCUAGAAUGAAAAGUGCACAUGUGUCAAGAACACCUUGUUAACAAGUCACUUUUCUGUCCAUUGAUUAGACUUGCUAUCUGCAUGGUAAAUUAUGGUUGAUGAUAAUGUCACAAAGCUUUGAACAGCUGUUUCUGAUUAUGUUGAAAGUGGCUGAUGAUAUAUUUUGUAUUACAAUCUGAGUAUCUCAUCUGUUCAAUAAAGCCAUUACUGCACCA